AUGGGGCGUGGAUGGGUUUACCGGUCCGACGCUGCCAUGGCAAACGGGUCUGUCCCGGGGGUGCCAUUGACUGCUUCCUCUGCAGCAACUCCAGAAGACUUGAAGAACCAACAGUUCGAGAAGAUCAUCAAGCAGAGGCAGUUCACAGACUUCGUGGUCGAUGCACGGACGGGGCAGCCGCUAGAGUACACGGACGAACAGAAGCGGCUCAUGCGUAUCCGAAGGCUGGAAGAUGAAGCUAAGGAGCAGGCUGACGUUGACGCACUCACUGACCCUCUCAACGACGAGUUCGUUCCUUCCAAGUACAUCUAUCCAGACGGAGAGAGCGUCAUUCCCAAGUCUCUUAACAUCCAUGUUCACGGCCUGUCAGACAAACACGUGACUGCGGAUGGAAAAGUCUCGAAGCACCAGGGUCCUGUUCUUGGAGUGUUCAGAGAAGGCGCUUUCGGAGAGAACACCAUCAACGCGUCCGAAGGGACUUUUGGAAAGUUCGGUGAGGGGAUCGGCUUCCGCGAUCGACCGCUUGCCAUCAGGGAUGUGCAAUACACCAAGAUCCGUGACAAACAGCUCAAUGCACUGCAGGCGAAGUCAGACGAGAUCGAAGCCAUGCGGGUGCAGAUUGAUGGUCAGAACAAGACGUUCUACUGCAGCGGCAGAGAGUGCGACGAUGCUUGGGGAAUGGCGGGCGACCAGGUUGUUGACUUAAGAACGGGUCAAGUGAUUCAUCAAGGUGUGGGACCAAAGAACGCUCCUCCUGCAGAAUACCAGGAGUAUUGGUCGCUGGACAGAAGCAUCGAUCCGCACACUGGUCAGGAGCUGGAGCAUUGUGUGGGACCGCAAUGCAAUGGGUUCAAGUGGAUGGAUGAGAACAAUGAGCCUUGGAUCAAAGAUGAAAACGGAGAUGCUCCCAACGGCACUGUGGUGUUUGGAAACGUCAUUCCGCCCAACGCCAACGUCGAUCCUGAACAGAUUAGAGAGAGCCAGAGAGAAGCUCAGGCACAGCAAGCUUGGGGGGGACAACCUGCAGAGGGAGAGGGCGAGGGCGAGGGCGAGGGGGAAGCUCAAGGCGAGGGCGAGGGCGAGGGCGAGGGCGAGGGCGAGGGCGAGUCGGUUGGUGCAAGUGACUCAGUCACUUAUGACCCUUACGCGCUUGAUCCACGGAUGAGGGCAAAGUAUGAAGCGUUUCAAAGAUCGCAGGGACAACAACAAUCUGGUGGAUGGAGCAAGAGCUGGAAUGCCGGCUCGUGGAUCGGCUUUAUUUUGCUUGGGCCAGUUUUGACCGCUGGAGUCUCAACUUUCAUCUUCAUGACUCGUGGCGCAAUGUGGGGAUCGAUAGUACUUGCAGGUCUUCUUGUAUUCGACAUCGUUAUGUUCUAUUUUGGAUAA